AAAUACCCAUUUACGUUCGUUCGAAACCCAGUAAAAAGUUAUUUAGCAAGCAUUACAAAGCAUUUUUGCUAAAAACUAUUCUGAUGUGAAAUGAUAUCUGUAGAUUUCCUUCCCUUGCCCUUGCCUCAGCAAAUUCAAAUUAUCAACAUUCAGUGUCCCUCUUUUCUUGUCCUUUCUUUUUUCUACCUACUGCUAACUUCUGAAAUGAUACAAAAAUGUUCUCGCAUUUAGUUUAAUAAAGUUGCUUAACUCAAUUUAUAUCGUAAUUUUUUUUCAUUAGCGAAUCCUUAUAUUGUAUUAAGUAAUUUAAAUACACAGGGAACUUGGCCCGAUAACCAUGCUGUUGGUUCUUCUCACUGUCUUAAGCAAAUUAUUGAUUAUAUUUACCGUAUAUUUUGUUUGUAAAUCUAGAACUGUAGUUUCAUAUUAGUCGUUGGAACUUUUAAAUUGAGAAAAUGUUGUUGAAUCAUAAUUUUGAAUUUGAGUUUGCAUAAUAAAAAAGGUUAAGUCGGUGUUUGUUGAGAACUUGUUUUGAAGCGUAAGCCUUUGUGGCAUGAGCAAUGGAUUCAUUUUGCUAAGAAGUUUGUCAAGUUUACUAAAUUUAUCUACUAAUUUUUCCAAUGUGUAUCUUUAGACUUGAAGUUAAAAGGAUGCUCAAAGAAGACAAUGGGGGUAAACAAGCUCAAAAACCAGACAUCUCGAAGAACGUCACAGUGGCGAAACUGUGCAUAAUUCAUAUACUUGAAAAUUUAAUAUCUCUCCGGCUAGACCUGACACUAAUUGACGCAAUAACUGGUGCUCUAAUUGCUAGAGGGGACUUUGAAUUCCAAUAGAGUACGUAGAUACAUUCCAAAAACAUAGUUAUCUAGAGUUGAUAUAAAAAAUUAAACGCAUUAAUACAGUGCGUUGCCAUCAUUUUAUCUGUUUAUAUUUGUAAUUAGACAUUUCGGUCAUAGAGUUUCUAAUUUAGUUUCAUCUUUAUCACACACCUGUCCACUCCAGUACUUUAACUCGAUGAGAGCUGAUCUACUGAAAAUUUUCACCAAAAUGUUUGCUCCUACUCCUAAUGCCAUGAUAUUAGGGAUUUUUAUAUGGCAUGUUGUCUACCAAGUAGAAACAGGUCGUUUUUAUUACAAAUCACUUGAAAAUAAAGAAGAGGGUAAGAAUGGCGAAGGCUUCUUUCUGAAGAAAGAGUUCUUUGAAUGCAACAGAGUUCGAAAUUGCACUCAAGUCGUAAAGAUGAAGAACAGCACAGUUUUUGCACUAGUUCAUGGCAAAAAUGAAUUGAAAAAGGAAUCAGAAUAUGACGUCAUUUACGAGAAGAUGUCACGAGAGGUACUACAACAAGAUUGCAUUGACAAUAUAACCAAUCCCACUCCAAGUGAUGGAAAGUCGUUUUCUUUAGAAAAGCAGCACGUGAAAUGCCGUCCAUUUGGACUACUGAAACGCUUCCAGCUUCAACAAAAUGCAACUGGCAUUUUGUAUGAGCACGCUUGCUGUAAAUUUCGAAAUAUUGCGUGCAAUAUGGUGAGUAGAGUGACACAAUGGGACUACGAUGGUGAAGGCCAUUCCAUGUUCCUAGACAGACACGCUGUUGACUGCGGUGAGUCAAGCUUGCUACAUAGCUUCGUUCUGGAGAGAGAUGCCACUUUAAAGAAAAUAAGGUACUUGUAUUCAUGCUGUGAUGUAGUGAAUCCAGUGUGGGAAAUAGAAGUGAAGUGCCAAGAAAAGGGUAAUGUAUUCAUGAGUGAGGGGAAUGGUAGUGUUUUUAUCCUUGCCUUGCAGAACGUGUCCUGUGAUCGUGGGUCUGCACUUUCAAAAUUUGUUUAUAGCCGAGAUAUCAAGGAGUAUUUCAGAUAUGAAUACAAAUGCUGCAAAAUCAAUUCAUAAGCAUGCCAGUAGUCUUUACUGUGAACUGAUUGUAGAGCACCCUUGUGUAACAAGCCCGGCAAGGAUUAUUUCAUUUUGGAUAACUGGUCAAUACGGCAGAGGACAGAAAAAUUUGUCUUGCAAUCAUGUAUUGCUAAACUGGCAAGGGAUUGAUGUUCCAUUAAAAAAAAUUUAUGCACAAGUCAAAUUCAGCUUGAUUGUAGCAUCGUGUAGAGUCUUAUUAGAAACUUUUUAUCUGUUGCCAACUUUGUCGGCUUCACUUCACAGUUUAGUUUCGUAUUGUCUUCACAUAUUCUAUAUAGAUGAUUAAUGAUGAAUAUCAGUAUGCAAUAUCAAUAUUCAACCCAGAGUUGCCUGUUUUGGUGUAAUAAAGGGAAAGAAAGAACCAAUCGUUAUUCUUGUUGUCAUGCAAUGUAAUUUGGCAAAGUGACCUGGUACAGUGCUAGCAAAGCCUAAGGUAUGUGGGUGGCAUACCCACCAGACCAUUCCUUUAUGUCUUUCAUGUUGUAGCAGAUGCAAAUAUUUUUCACUUCAAAGGUCCUUAAGGUAGAAGCCAUUCAGCGCAAUGCAUAUUAUAACCAAGGUAGAAGCCAUUCAGCGCAAUGCAUAUCAUAACCAAGGUAGAAGCCAUUCAGCGCAAUGCAAAUUAUAACCAAGGUA